AUGAGUUUUGUAGGGUGGUUGCUGGCUCGCAAUGAGUCAGACCGCUCUGACCCGGUUUGCCCGUCUACCAAAUUGGGCAAAGGAGGAACCAUCAUCAUUAACGAUACACUCACUAUUACCUUAACGGAAAAUGCCAUCUUCAAACAGUCAUGCACGGAUGUGCCGAUCAUCACCCUCGACAAUCCAACCUCAAUUGCUGACAUGGAUGAACCAUUCUACGCCUCCACCUCUCCGCAGAUGUAUGUCAUUGCUACAGCCACAGUUAUCAGUUACCUUCUCGUCAUCAUCCUGUUCAUAACCCCUCGCACGUUCUUCAUCGGUGGUCGAGGUGGUGGGAGCUUCCUGGGCCGGCGUAGACGGUUAAGUGGCUCGUAUGGAAGCUCGUCCGUAAUCGGGGUUGGUGGUCGGCCGUGGUUACAGAAAGUGGCUGCCAUUACCACUGCAAUAUCCCUUACCAUUGCGACGGCGGACUCCUUCCGUGUUGCCAAAGAGCAAUAUGAUCGAGGAUACAUGGACUCGAGCGCACUGACGGAAGAAGUUGUUGGCGGUGUUGAGAUUCGCGUCGUCCGCAUUAUUUCGAGCACUUUUCUUUGGCUUGCGCAGGUCCAGACUUUGAUUCGCUUGUUUCCACGCCAUAAGGAAAAGGUAAUCAUCAAAUGGACAGGUUUUGCGUUGAUAGUGCUGGAUGUAAUAUUCAGUAUUCUCAACAGCUUUCUCGGCCGUCCAUCCGCUGCGAUCCGACCUAGUCAUAUUGUUGAGGCCAUACCAGCUCUCAAUUACCUCUUCGAUCUAUCUUUAAGUUUAUUAUACGCUGCCUGGGUUAUUUUUUACGGCCUCUCUAAACAUCGCUUUGCUUUCUUCCAUCCUAAAAUGCGCAACAUUUGCCUGGUGGCUCUGUUAUCUCUCGUUUCAGUUGUUAUCCCUAUUGUUUUCUUUGUAUUAGAUCUUUCGAAACCUAACGUUGCCGGCUGGGGUGAGUAUAUUCGCUGGGUUGGGGCAGCAGCGGCGAGUGUGGUUGUUUGGGAGUGGGUCGAACGCAUUGAGGCACUUGAAAGAGACGAGAGGAAAGAUGGGAUUCUAGGGCGAGAGAUUUUUGACGGCGACGAAAUGCUGGAGGUUACUCCAUCCCAGGAGGUCGAUUGGCCCGGUUCGCAUAACGAUAAAUAUGAUGAUGGAGGAAGUGCAAGUUCUGGUUCAAGAUGGGGAGGCGUUAUGGGUCUAACCCAUCGACCGCUGAAGACUCGAGUAACGUUCCAGAGCCGCUUACCUAAAGCCCGGAGAAGGACCAGGAAGUCAAAGGUCACGGCAGCUACAGCACCAAAUGGCGUAUCUGCUAAUAGGAGUGACGAUGUCCAUCCCACGCCUCCCCCAAAUACGGCAACCCCUGUCAGUCGAACGGAUACUGUCAGUGCUGCAAGCACAGUUUACCGAGUCCGGUACCACUCCGUUGGAAGCCUUACUUCAGCAGGAAUGGAUUGUUCGCCAGAUGAAGAUCGUUCAAAGGCGUUUUCGGCCCCUGCUAACCCACCAGCUCCUAUCAAUAGAGAUCUCCAUAACUAUUCCCCGACAAUACCGGUAGUGAACUCAGGAUUCAGGUGGAUAGUGCUAAAUAACCCAUUUAAGGAAAGACGCGCUUCUCCACCGACGCAAGUAGCAACAGCUCAGGCAAAAGUGACGGACACUUUGCAAUCGGGCUCGCGUACGGCUGGCUCCGCAAACGAUAGUAGUGCGAAUGAUAAAACGUGGAAUCUGAAAUCUAGGUUUGACACGAUCCUAGCCUACCGGCCCUGGGACAAAGGUAAAUUGUCGAGCGAGAAGGACCCUGAAGCACCCCUACCCGUCACCGUCAUUCCUGCACCACCAAGGGGGUCCCAGGACCAGUCACCUAGCAGGUCCGAUGGAGAACAAGAGACAUCAGCCGAUGAUGACCAGCACGAUAUGCGAAACAACUCUAAUCUCCCAGUCAUGGUAAUUCCAGCACCAUCGAGAUUAUCAAGGACAUGGUCACGACCUACUAUAGAGUCAUCAACGCAGGCUAGAGACUUGGUCAAUGGGCGAAGCAUCGAGCCGUUGGACAGGUCAUCAACUGGAGAUGGCCCGUCAAGUCGACCCGGACCAAUGACAGAAACACCCCAAGUUGGACCUUCGAACGAGCAUCGUAGAUCCACUACUACAUUGGCAUUAGACGCGACGUCCCCAUUGUCUGUUCCGACGGAUGCCACUUUGCCAAACUUACUAUCUUCAGCACAAGGACUUCGGUCGCAUUCCUCCCCUCAUUCGCACGACUGGGCUGGCGGGCUCGGACGACGGGUCUUUUCGACGCCCGAAGUGUCCAUGGUGACAGAAGAGGAAGAUGCAAUUAUUCAGACGGGUGGCGGUGAUGUUGCUUCUUCUGAGUCCACCUCUUCCUCUCAACAUGCUCCCUCUCUUGCGUUACCACCACGGGAUGAUGAGGAACUUCAUACGCCUGCUGCGACAGAGCCAAUGGCUCCAUCGUCAUCUUCUGUCCGCCCCGUGACUCGUCGAAAUAUUUCCUUUUCAGGCCCUAGUCACGACCGAGAUGGGCAUUGUAACCCCAGCGAUCCGGAUCUUGGAACCCAGCGCUGA